AUGUCUGGCAGAAGUCGAGAACCGCAGAAGAAGACGAAGACGGUCGCCCAGAAAACAUUUGUCUUCGGAUCCAGCACUCCGCGUGAUUUAUCACAUAUGAAUAAGAUUCCUCUGAGACUACGUAGUUACGAUGUUAAGGAAAAGCAUAGAAGUGCUGGACCACCUUUACGAGAAUAUAUGGAGAAAGCUCGCUGUCUAUCUCGCAAUGGAAGUGCGGAUGGCCGAAAUUGGGCAUUCGGCUCGUCAACACCUCGUGAUUUCUCACAUCUUACCAAGUUGGACCCCAAAUUUCGUAGGUACGAUGCUGUUAUUCCCAAAGAGAAAGGUGUUGUAACUGUAGUAGGGUCCUCAGUCAGAAGAAGCAUUACAGCACCACCCUCGAAUCGAGCUCUGCAGGCAGAUGAACCUCCCAAACCGAAACCGACUCCGAUUGAAAUAAAAAAAGAGGAUGAUACAUCGUCGGAGCCAGAUUUUGUUCAAGAUCGAGCUGAAUUUCUGAAUGACUUGAAAAAAGAAAUUAAAGAACGAGAAGACCGAGAGAAAGCUCAGAAAGUCGAUAGCCCUUCUCCUAGAAUGGAUGGCAUCGAGAUUCCUCAUUUACAUGACAAGCGUCUGAGUGUCGGAGAGACAUCAGAAGUAUCUUAUGCUCAAGCCACAGAUUUGGCCGAUGUUGUAAAUUUCAAUGAACGUAUCCCGCAUAAUUUCCAUGAAGAAGAGGAAAAGACAGCCAAACGAGAAUCAGUCCAAGGCCUUAGUGAUCAAAUAACCGUCUCAGAAUUGAACGAAACGUUAGAAGAUGCGAAUUUGAGUGAGCGUCGAGACACUCCACCACUGGUUCAGAAUAUUCUCAAAAAAGUUGAAAGUAUUUCAGAAACGUCGCAAGACGAAGCUCUCCAACUGGACGUUAGCGAGAAAAUAGAGGAUGGAGAUAAAUCAACGACUGAUAAGAUGGAAAGCAACAAAUCCGAAAUAACGCCGAGUGUGUGA